UCCCCCGUCCCCUGUUCUCGCCCCUCCCUUUUCCUCCCCUCCCCUCGGCCAGGCCGGCUGACCUCGGUCCAUGGAGCCAGACUCUUUCUUUCCGGUGCUGGGCGGCGAGUUCGAGGACUCGGUGUUUGAAGAGUGGCCGCGGCCGCGGGAGCCCGAGCCUCUGCCGGCCUACAGCGCCAAGCGCUGCGAGCCCCAGUGGUUUUAUGAGGAAACAGAAAACAAGGAUGAAGUUGAAAUACUCACCAUCAAGAAAUUUAGGGGGGACUUGGCAUACCGACAACAAGAAUUUCAGAAAGCCCUUCAGGAGUACUCCAGCUGCUUUGAACUAUUGCCUCCUACCAACUUUGCCAUGAGAAGAGAUGUCCAAGAAGGGCAGGCUAGAUGUUUAACUCACCUAGGAAGGCAUAUGGAAGCAUUGGAGAUUGCUGAGAAAUUGGUAAAUGGAGCCACUAACAGUGACCAUUUAACUACUGUACUCUACCUCCAGCUCACUAUUUAUUCAAAUCUGAAGAACAUAGAGAAAACAAUACUGUGCCUACAAAAACUGAUUUCUUUGCAUCAUUUUAACCCUUGGAAUUGGGCCAAGCUUGCAGAGGCUUACCUGAGCCUUGGACUAGCUCCCUCGGCCUCAUUUACUUCAUCUCAGAAAGAAAACAGUUUUACCUCAAGUGACCAAGAAUUCAAAGCCCCCUUACCGUCGAUAAAAAAAGAUCCUUCUCUACAUUUUUCCAAAACCUUGAAUGGAGGCUCUGGGUUUUCUAUGGGAACAAGUGGUACCUGUGUCCACAAAAGUGAAAACUCUGUCAGUGAUGUGUGGCCUGUGGCACCAGAGACCUCCUUCCAUCUGGCAUUUCAGUCCUGGGCACCCGCAGUAUGGGCAGGGAUGCAAAUGAAAGCUUGUGCCUCAUUUAUCAGAGCCAGGCUUUUGCUUCAGCUCACUCAGUCUCAGCAAACAUCUUUUGCUUUAGAGAAGAACUUCAAGGUUCAGGAGGAAAUUGAAGAUAGGCUAAAAGGAUUCGGCUUUGAAGAAGAAACUUUACUGUUGAUUUCUGAGGUUAUGAGAGAAGAUCUCAUUCCAGAAAAAAUAAAAGAUGAAGUUCAUGCAGAGGUGAAAUGUGUAGGCUCUGAAGCCUUGACUGCCCUGGUAAUCGCAUCUUCCAAAGAAUUUGAAGACAAAUGGUUCAGAAAGAUCAAAGACCAUUUAUGUCCCUUUGAAAAUCUGUUUCACACAGAGAUACGCAUCUCGCCUUAGCAGCCCAUUAAAACAAAACACACCAAAAAAUCUUGUUAUGGGUUAUCUUUUUUUAUUUCAUCUGGAGCUGUGGUACAAAAUGAAAGAGAGCAAAUUAAAUUGAUUUUUUAUCUUUUUUUGUAAAGUAGCUCUCCCCAUUUCCCAAUCCCUAAGAUUAUUUCCAUUGUAUUUCUUGUCCUUUUUUUGUUUGCUUUAGAACUUUUAGUAUAUUUACUUCUGUUAAGUAUUGAAUUUUAAGCCCUUCCUUGAAAACCUUGAGAAAAUUCAUGUUAUUCAGCACCAGUGUGUUAACUGACAGUGCCGAGUACUGCCCAAGUCUGGCAGGCUAAUGACAAGGCAUUCCUUAAUUUCUUCUACUGCAAAUGUCCCUGCUUGUUUUUGUGAACCAUCUUUAAUCUUCAUUACUGUACUCAAAAAAGACCUUUGGAUGGCAGGCUCUUUCAAAACUGUUCUUGUGCCCUCGCCAGCAGUUUGGUGGUCUGCAUUGCUUAAGAUCCUGGAGUUCAGCAAACCAAGAAACAUUGAGUGGGAGAAACUGAAACACGACAUUGAAAACCUUUGUAAGGACAUUAUCAUUUUUAUGAUUCUUUUAGCCACACAAGACCAGAGCACUUUUUAUGGCAGAAUCGUGUUAGACAAAAAAAGCCUUAUAAAUCAUGAGAAGCAGACAAAAUACCUUUCUGCAUUGCUUCUAUUUCUAGGCAGUUGAAGAUUAACAGGGCAGAUCAGAGGGAAAUCCAAGUUUGUCUUCAUCCUUCCCUCCUUGGUUUGGACACUUCUGCUGUGCUUCAGGCUUCCAGUAUGCUGUUCCCCAUCAAAGCAGGGAAGGUAUAGUUGGCAUCAAGACUUGUUCAUUAACUGAUCGCUCCUUCGUGUGAAUGAGGUUUUGGUUUUUUUGUUUUACAUUUUAAGCCUCAUCUCUAAUAAUUGAUUUGUCUUAUUAAAUUUCAGCCUGGUUAAUAAGAGAUAUUUUCAGGGCAAGGGGAGGUUUUCUAAAAUCCCUUUAGACUCUACUUUUAAAGCUGCUCCUGAAAAUAAACCUGAUUUGAUCCUUUUAGGACAGGAGGUCCUGACUUCUGGGUAUGAGAACUCUUAAAAUAUUUUGAUAACUA